AUGAUUCAUAAUACACGUGCACUAGCGCUUUAAAGCCCACGCUCGUUCACAUAGCGAGCUGUUGCGAGGGGGAUAGGAUCGUGAACGCGCGUGCAGGCAGGCAGAUCAUCAGAGAAGAGUAGCUAACACGUCACGGAUCUGUAGCGAUCGAGAGAGAGAGAUGCUGAGGUGACAGCGAGAGAGAAGGAGAAAAGGGACGAUUCGAUAAAACUCAUAAUCCCUGCUGCUAAAUUCACAUGUGUGCGUGUGAACAUCAGCUGCAGAAUCAACACCACAUGGAUAACGCACCCACUAUGGAAUUCCACUCGAUGUCUCAACAUUCCAUCAAGACAAACAUAAAGGAUUUUUAGUAACCACACCCGGCUUCUUUCGGAUCAAGGAUUGGAGCGGCUAAGGUUUCCACAGGGUCCUGAUGCCCGGCACAAUCUAAUAAGGCCGGUCGUGGGUAGCAAGAGUCGCAGGGAAAGCCUAAAGGAAGCAGCAGUGAGUCCACCACCGGCGGAAUGAGUGCUACAGCAACAGAGCAAGCCGACAUCCUAACUGUGCUUGUCCUGGUCAAGGAACGAUGGAAAGUGGCAAAGAAGAUUGGUGGUGGGGGCUUCGGGGAGAUCUACGAGGCGUUGGACCUGCUGACCAGGGUCAGUGUUGCUCUGAAGGUGGAGUCGGCACUGCAGCCCAAACAGGUCCUCAAGAUGGAGGUGGCUGUCCUCAAGAAACUCCAGGGUAAAGACCACGUGUGUCGCUUUGUUGGGUGCGGCCGCAAUGAUCGCUUCAACUACGUGGUGAUGGAGCUUCAGGGUCGUAACCUGGCCGACCUGCGGCGGAGUAUGACGCGGGGCACCUUUACAAUCAGCACCACCCUGAGACUGGGACGACAGAUACUAGAAGCUAUAGAGAGCAUCCACUCUGUUGGCUUCCUGCACCGAGACAUCAAACCGUCCAACUUUGCCAUGGGCCGUUUCCCCAGUACCUGUAGGACCUGCUACAUGCUGGACUUUGGUCUAGCUCGCCAGUUUACUAACUCCUGCCAAGAGGUCCGACCGCCACGACCAGUAGCAGGGUUCAGAGGUACAGUCCGCUACGCGUCCGUCAAUGCACACAAGAACAAGGAGAUGGGUCGGCAUGACGACCUGUGGUCUCUCUUCUACAUGCUGGUGGAGUUCAUGGUUGGCCAGUUGCCAUGGAGAAAGAUCAAAGACAAGGAGCAUGUAGGGAAGCUGAAGGACACCUAUGACCACAGGCUCAUGCUGAAACACCUGCCUGCUGAGUUCACUGUCUUCCUGGAUCACAUCUCUAACCUGGACUACUUCACCAAACCAGACUAUCAGCUGCUGAUGUCAGUGUUUGACAACAGUAUGAAGACCUACAACGUGGUGGAGAAUGACCCGUAUGACUGGGAGAGGACUGGGUCUGAUGGCACUCUGAGCAUCAACGCCACAGCCACCACACCACAGCACCACACACGCCUCACGCCUGCACACAUGGGAAUGGCGAAUGCGUCCCUGGUCCCUGGGGACCUGGCGAGGGAGAACACAGAUGACGUGCUGCAGGACGAGCAGCUCAGUGACAAUGGGGAGAACAACCCUCCUCCAGACCGCCUCCCUGGAUCCCCCAGCAUGCCCCGGGCCAACCAGGAAGCUGACGUCUGGGAGAUGCUGGACCGUGACCGCAACCGCAUCAGGACAGCUGUCUGGAAGGCAGCCACAGAGGAGGAGCACAGCAACAACCAGGGGGGUCUCCAGAGCCCACACGCCAACCCCAGUCUGGGCUCUCCUGUCCGGGUACACUCUGAGAUGUUGGGGGCCUCCGGGCAGGACGGUGGUGGUCCUCUGCUCAGGAAGCUUCGUAACAUCCAUAGCUUUGAGCUGGACAGGAGGUUGACCCUAGAGGCCAAGCCCAGCCCUGAACGCUUCCUGGAGGCAUGCUCAGUGAAGCAGCAGGGUUGUGGGCAGGAGAAGGGGUCUGAGGUGGGCCAGGGUGUGUCUGUACCUGCUGUUGGUGCCACAGCUCUAGGUCGAGCUGGUGGUUCUGAAAGAGUCUGGCACUACGACGAGGAGUUCAUAUCUGGUGGUGGCACCAACGGUAGCUCGCCCAAACCUGUCUCCCCUCACUCCCCUGGCUCCCUGGAGCAAGGCGAGGGGGCACCCAGCAGCGGAGGCUUCGUGGCCCUCAACCUGAGCUCCGGCAGGGGUGAGGUGGACUCCAGGGAGUGGGUGAUGGUGGAGAGGCCCAGCGAGUCCCCAGGGACAGGAACUGGGGCGAAGGCUACGACCAGCCCCUCUGAGGAGGAAGAAGAGGACCUGGAGGUGCUGGAGGUACCCCUGGGGGCAGGGCAGGGGUCAAGGGGGAGCCCAAGUCCUGGUCAGGUCCAUGGGGACAGGAAUGGGAACCUCCAGGGGUCACCAGGGUCCAGGACAGGACCCCCUAGAGUGGACAGGCUGGAGCUGAGUGUGGGACACCCCCCUGGAAGCCUGCCCCCCAUCACCCCGACUAGCCCUGCUGAGGGCCUGGCUGAGGAAGUACUCACACAGCUCCCCACCUCUCCUCCGUCCCUGCCUGAGGAGGUUUUGGCCAGGACGUCCAGUCCUCUGCUCCUGCGUUCCCCCAGCCCGCACACCCAGACCCUCCUCACCACCCUGUCGGACCCCCUGCACCAAAGGGACCCUCCUGGAAUGAGGCACAGCUAUUCAGCCAACCACCAACAGCACCUCCUCCGUCCCACCUCCUGUUCCUCCUGCCACGCCUCCCUACCUCCACCACCUCACCCCGGUUCCGCCCGUAACCAAUCGCCCACGGGGCGCAGGAAACUGCCCGCGAUCCCGGCGGGUGCCGCCAACAGCAGGUUCCCUUCCGUUAUACGCAUCACACGUGCCCAACUUCAGCAGUUGACAGCUCAGCGGUCCCAGUCAGGCUCAGACAGUGCUCCACAUUGCCUCCUGCUGGAGAGACGAGGUGAAGCCGCAGCUGAGGCCAAGCAGCCGCAGGAUAAUACUGCUACCGCUGAUAUCCACUCCUCCCAGGGCCAGGAGCGCCUGCCCACCCCUAACCAUACCUUUACCCAGCCUGGCAGCCAGCCUGCCAGUCCCACCACUCUGCAUGACCUCCUGGCAGAUACCCUGGUCAACGGAGGAGACACCAACACCCAGACCCAUACCAAAGCGCACAGUCCUGUGCCAAGCCGAAUGUCUUCUCCUCACUCCCCUCGCUCUCCCGUUUCUCCUAAUUCUCCCCGUUCUCAUUCUCCACGCUCCCCCCGCUCCCCCCACAGCCCAGUAUUAGGGCUAGUCAACGGCCAUCUCUCUCCCCCAGCUUACGGCCAGGGGGAUGGCAGCAGUGGAGCCUUCCCAGAGCUGAAGGACCAUGAGAGUGACCAGCCCCGGCCAGACAAGGGAGAUGGGGUGGAGACCAGUGACCCAGCCCCAGCACUAACCCCCUCCUCCCUGCCCUCCGCCCCCCGUAGGGACCCCUCCCGCAGGCUGAGCCGUAUCCCUGUCCUGGAACCCUCCAGUCUGCUGGACCUCCUCCCCACUCCUGGCUCUGCCAUGGAGAAGCUGCUUCAGAAGAAAGCCCACCACCACCAGGGAGGAGGCCACCACCCAGCCCCCUCUCCCACAGCCUCUCCCUCUCUCUCCCACCGCGGCUCCAUGAUGGCCUCACUCCCUCGUGGGGAACAGCUGUCCUCCGGCUCGGACCGCUCUGAGACGGCCGAUGAGUCAUUUCUGGGGUCACGCUCCGACCGCCAGGGGGACGAUGCCCCCUCCCUGUCCUCCUCCUCCAGCCCCCUGUCCCGUAAGAGCAGGAUCCCUCGCCCUGUUAACCUUCCUAACCCGGCCACAGAGCAGGAGCGAGCUGCACAGUACCUACCACGCCCACCCCCGGGCAAGCCACCCAGUCGCCCUGCAGUGGAGGGCAGGCUGAGGCGUUACCGAAUUCGAGCGGGCAGCACCAGCGACUCAGACCUCCUUACCUGCCUGGCCCAGCUCAUGCACCAUGGUCAUGGUGGUGGUUCUGUCCGCGGCUCCCCCCACCACGGCCGCUCCUCAGCUCAGCACGGAGGCUCCCGGAUGGGCAUGUGUAGCCUGACCAGCUCCCCCCACCACCAUCACCACCGGAGCUCCAGCGCAUCUCCACGCAGCUCCUCCUCUCUACAACGCUCUGUCUCUUCCUCCCCCUCCCGCCACGAACACCGCGGGGGAGAGAGAGGAGGAGGAGGGGUUUGUUUCGGUCGGUCCCGAUCCCCUCCUAGCUUCUCCGGUUCCCCCCCUCCUCCUCGGCGCUCCUACCCUCACCACCAGGAGACUUGCUGCGGUCGCCAGGCCCGCACCGGCCCCUUCCACCAGCACGCCCCCAGGGGGAAAGUCUGCAGCCGCGAGGAAAGAGAGAGGAAGUGCUCCAGCAAGCUGAGCAGCAGAUAGUGGCCCACUGCUCCAGCUCUGGUCCAAGCCUGGCCCACAGGAAGCUCUGGGACUAUUUAUUAAAGCAUCUCAGGGUAGGAGCAGGUCCCCUAUGUCAUUGUAAUCUUAUUCAUGAAGUACGUAAAUAAUAAUAAGUCACUAAACUUAUCCUAGAUCAGCACUCCUAUCCUGAGAUGCUUUGCGAGUAGGCCCUGGGGGUCAGUGUUGUUGCCACAGCAGAGGGUGGGAUGUUCAUACAGACCAGACGAUCAUGAUGAGGAUCUGAGGCCUCUGUCAGAGAAUACUGAACUUAAUGCCCCCCUCUCCUCCCCGUUCAGUUUCUCCCCACACCCCGCUGUCCUCUUGUCUCUUUCACUUGUAAAAUCCUUCACUCUUUCUCCUCUUAUUCCUUCCAUUUUGUCAUCAUUUAAUCACUCAUUUAUAAGCCCUCUUUAAGCGGUCAUGCUUCAUGCAAAAAGUAUCCAGAUGCGUCAUGCUUUGUGUAAAAUGUAGGGGUACUUACUUCCCUCAUCUCCUCAGUGAAAGUGAACACACUUCAUUCAGAUUACCCUAGGACGCUCAUGGUGGAAAUUCAGUGGAUGAGCACUUGUGUAUUAUUCACAAACCAUUAUUAUAUUGGCUUGUUCUAUUGUGUUUCCUCUGUACUGGCCUAGGGAGCGCAGUGCAUAGCAGGCCUACAUGUAUGGCCAUGAAGCCCUUGAGAGAAAUGUACACUAUCUACAGAUCCUAUUUAUUUCUGUUUUGACGCUCCUGUCACACCAGUUACACUCUCCCUCUCUCUGUCUUUGACUUCAGAUGUACUGUAUAGCGAGGGUCCUUUAUUUCAAAGGCAUCUAAAGCAAUCGAUCGAUCAGUGAAAGAAGUGAUCAUUUUGAGCGAUCCUUCCUUUAAUACAAUCGUAUAGUGUGUGUGUGUGAGCUCACACACCUACUUGUGCCUACUGUGUUGAUUGAUUGAUUGGGGGAACCUAAAUGUCAAAGUAAGUGUGUGAUUGAAUACUAGUAACUGGGCCUUGAUUCCCUUUAUGCUCCUCUUGAGAAAGGAGUCUGACUUUGCGUCCUAAUUCUUUACCCUUCUGCCUUGGACGUAAAAGUAAUGGUGUAAGAAAUAUGAUGGCAACCCUCCCUAGCCUUGCCCAUGCUUACACCAAUCCAGCGAUUUUUAAAUGCAUGGAUGGGAGGGAACUGCACACUUGGGGAGAAUUGGGACACAGCCUGCUGAUAACUUUAUAACAGUAGUAGUGAAUACAAGGCAACGCUAAGUACUAAUGAUUAUUACUGUAUGAUAAACACUUGUCUUAAUUUGUGCCUUGCCUUGGCACUUUGGGCAGCUCCUGGUUUCACUACAAAGUAGGCUAUGAUUCUCAUUUUUACGAAAUGUCCCCCUGCAAAAAUUGUGCCAGCUUCAAAGACAGUCCUCUUCAUGUGAGUGUAACAUUAUAUUAUUCACCACAAGGAUAAGGAAGCAAAGUGAAUGGUUUUAUUUUAUUUAUUCAGACAUUAUUUUAAGAAAGAACAUUUUUAUUUAAGAUAUUAAAGGAAGGGAAUGUUUUAAACUAAAACUUCGAUAUCCUGUUUGUCUAAAUGUUAUGACAGGUCCAACAUUUAUGUCAAAUAAUGUCAUGCUAUUUAUUUAUACCAUAAAAAUAUCAUGUAUCGUAUACCAAAUCAGUGUUUCAAACUUCCCAAAGGAUAAAAAAAAAAAACAUGUGCAAGAAAAUGUUUUGUUUCUUCUGUAAUGACAUACUGUAUGUUGUGUGCACUAUUACCUCAGAGUUCAUGUAUUGUUUGAGAACCAACCACAUUUUCAAUGAACACUAUCAUUUAAAACCUCCCUCACCUGACCUUUCUUCUACCUUACUAAACCCCCCCCCCCUCCCCUCUAGCUUGAAAUCCAGAACCGGUUUUGUUCUGACAUUCCACUCCUUGUACUGCGUGUUAUUGCCCAACAUUGGAAUGAAAAGGAGUAGCAAGGAGUAGAAUGAUAGCAGAAACCGACUGAAACACGGGCUACCUCUCCCCACCACCUCUGCUUGUAAGAUACUGUAAUAUAACUAACCACUGCUUCCAGCACUAUUACUCCUUGCAUGCGCUGCCUACUAAGAAAAUAGAAAAACCAAACAAUCAACCAAUCAGUAAAGUAAGCAGCAUACCAGUUCCCAUAAUGCAUUGUGAAUGUCUGAAAGGGAAUUAUUCUUCUUGUUGGAUAGUACCGUAUGUAUUUUGGUUGGAAUAUUUAAUUUGUUUCGUUUUCCAUUUCUCAUCACAAUCUCGAUCACUCUUCACUCGUCCCACCUGGUCCACAGCAUUGAUCUAGCAUUGAUCUAGCUCUCCAAACGCUCAUAAUCCUAGGACUACUGCACUGACUGAUUCGGUAAUACUCCUGAAAAAGGAUGCUGGCGAAAUACCGACGGUAUCAUUUUUAAUACCGUUUAAAAAACAACAAAAAUUGUUUCUUUUUUUGGGGGGGGGGGCGUGCUACGCCACUGCUUAUAAAUAUAUGUUAAGUAUCGCUAUAAGAAAUCUAAAAUGUGUCAAAUAAAUGAUAUCCAGCUCAGGGCUCCAGCUAUGCAUUUAGUUUCCUAACUUGCUAGCUAAGUGGCAAGAUGUUAAGAUCAAGCUUCUUGGUUAUAACAGAGACAUUCAACUCCCUCCUGGAUCAAGAUCCCUGUUGCCUAAAUUGUUUUGUGCAUCAAAAACGGUAAGACGCUAUGAAAAUCUGGUUCCCACCCAAACCUUAUACAACCAAUAUGCCGUGGGAGAUAUCUGCUAUACCACUGCUCUAUGAGAUGGACUCCAUUGCUCUGUCAUGAUAUACAGUACUGUAUGUCAAGUGAGUUGUUUUACUUGGUCCAUUGUGAUAGAUUGUCUUGGUACUUGGCUGCAUACAGCCUGGUGGCGUUCCAGGUUGCUUACAUUGCAGACAAGCUGAUACAGAUCUGAUUCAACGUAGAUCUCUACAAAUGUGGGUGUAGUGUUUAACAUAGCGGGAACCCCAUCAAUCACUUAAUGAUCUGAUGAUCUAUGCAACAUGUGGGCAACCUUGAAAAACCCCUCUGUCUCACAGCGUCGUCACUAUCUGGCCAAGUUGCAAAGUCAUAAGCCCUAGCCUAUUUCUACAAGUUCUCUUUUUAAAAUCUGGUUUUAAACCUAACCUUAACCCUAACCUCAGUGCUGACCUUAUGCCUAACCUUCAAUUAAGACCAAAAAGCUAAUUUUGUUUUUCUGCAGCCUGCCCAUCUAGUGGGAACCGUUUCACAGAGCAGCUAUGAUAUGACUUAUCCCAAGGCUAGACACAGACAGUGUUCAGUCAGUCGGUCGCCUUAAAUCAUGUAUCUUCUCUUUCCUUGGCUGUGUAAGCAAGGGAUGACUGAACUGUCUCUGUCUGUUUGUCUACUCUGUGCGGAGGAUCACUCCACUGCUUAGCCACCAAGCUACUGUCAGGUUCUUCCAUAGACUGUAUAGGGUUCUCCUGAGUCCCUUUCCAUCCUUGAUAGGUGUGUUGUCCGUCCCGUCUUGCCUGCCUUUACAGAUCUGUGGAAAUGAUUUAUCCAGCAGAGUAUUGGUGUUUGCCUUUCAGAUGUAUAGCUUUUCUUUCUGUGGGCACCUCUGCUCUUAUUGGCCAAUUUGAUCCAAUCAAGUUGUCCAUUGACUGGACAGAAUGUUUGAAGUCACCGGCAGUAGCCAAUAGCCAUUUGACCACUGAGCUGUGUCUGGAUUCUGGAAUCAGAAAUGAGUUUGAAGGUGUUUUAAGGUGUAUGAUAAAGCUCUGUUUUUACAUCCAGAGAUUGUGAUACGAAUGUACAGUACAUAUACAGUAGUACCACACCAAGCAGUGAGUGAUCUUUUCAAUUCUAGGUUCUAUUCGGAACUUCCAUAAGCUAACUGACUUCAGCUGUAGUUGCUCAAAAUGUUUAAUAUAUAUACCUGUAAAAAGUUCAAUGUAUUUAUUUAAAAGGUCAUAUUGAUGAACCGUAACUUAUUGCUUCACUAAAGGCUUUAAUAGAAGGAAAGUGCUGAAGGAAUAAAGUGCUGCUGAUUUUGGGAAAAUAUCAUCAAUCCAUUCAUUAAUAUUUGCAUUGUAUUGUUAUUAUUGCACAAAAAGUGGUAUAUUUAAGCAGUAAGGCCUGGGGGGGGUGUGGUAUAUGGACAAUAUACCACGGCUAAGGUCUGUUCUUUUUAAGCACUACGCAAUGCGGAGUGCUUGGAUACAGCCCUUAGUAGUGGUAUAUUGGCCAUAUACCACAAACCCCCCCCUGUUGCCUUAUUGUUAUUAUAAACCGGUUACCAACAUAAUUAGAGCAGUAAAAAUAAAUGUUUUGUCAUCCCCAUGGUAUACAGUCUGAUACACCAUGGCUGUCAGCCAAUCUGCAUUCAGGGCUCAAAGCACCCAGUUUAUAAUGUUACUUUUUGGACUGAGAUUAUGAUUUGCCACUGACUGUAUGGUGGUGUGAUUGUGAAGGUGUCACAUGUGUCAUAGCCUACCUGUAUCUGUGGUCCAAUGAUUGUACUCAUUCAUGGCCACAGAUACUGUGUUUUUGGGCCAAAAGGCCAAAUGUAAAAAUGACGACAACAAAUUGAUUUAUUGAUGUAUUGGGUAGUGAUGCUCAUCGUUGAGACCCAUUGCCUGUGUGACUUCAGUUUUAGAUAUUUCUUGAAAUGUUUCACGUUUUAGUCCUGUGUUGCAAUGUAACGGUUUUGAAAUGUAUGUACAGUCACAAGGAAAGAAUGUAACUAGAGGAUCGACAUUGUACAUAACUGUAAUUAUGUAUGCUUAUUUUAUCAUUUGUACCAUAUCAAUGCCUUGUACAGUGUUUUUUUUUCUGUUCGUUUACAAUUAUUUUGUAUUUUAUUUUUAUAAACUGGUUAUAAAUAAAAUACUCAUUCAGCAUGCAGAAAACACCUAAA